UUUGUUCGGCUCCUUGAGAGUCUCCUUCUACCGGACACGGAGAAGGUGAAGUCGGCCACCAAGGCCUUGAACAAAAAUUACUAUACCCAUCCACAAUCCGUUUUAGCGUUGCUUCACCUUCUUAUAUCCCAUCCCAAAACAGAGGUGCGGCAACUGGCUGCCGUCGAGGCCCGUAAACUCGUCCCAAGGCACUGGUCGAAGAUCCCACAAGACCAGAAGCCGGAGAUUCGGAACCAACUGUUGGCGAAGACAUUGAAUGAGGAAGCUAGGCUGGUCCGACAUGCUUCGGCCCGUGUCGUCUGUGGCAUCUACAAGCAAGACUAUGAGACAUGGACCGAGCUUCCAGGCCUUCUCCAGGCCGCUGCAGUGGAAAACGAUGUCCGACACCGCGAAGUAGGCGUGUAUAUCACGUACCUCCUGCUCGACGCAAUGGGUGACAUGUUCUCCGAGAACUUGGGCGGUGUGUUCGACUUGUUGCGCAAAACCAUUCAAGAUCCGGAGAGCAUCGAAGUCCGUGUCAAUACCAUGCUGGCGCUGAGCCGUAUUUCCAUGUUGAUUGACGCGGAGGAGGAUGAAAAAUCCGUGAAGGAUUUCCAAAGCUGUGUGCCGGGGAUGAUGAUCGCUUUGAAGGAUGCUGUCCUUGCCCAAGCAGACCAUGCUGCCCAAGCGUUCGAGGUGUUUCACACUUUCAUCGCUGCCGAUGGGGCGUUGCUCGACGCACACUUCAAGGACAUUGUCAAGUUCAUGAUGGAUCUUGCCUCUCAGCCCGACAUGGAUGAGGACUCCCGCUCACAAGCUCUGGGUUUCUUGAUGCAAGCCGCACGAUACAAGCGACUCAAGAUCCAAUCCCUCCGGAUUGGAGAAGAGCUCACCCUCCGGUCUUUGCAGAUCGUCAAAGAGCUCAACGACCUCGCUAGCGAUGAUGAAGACCUCUCACCUGCCCGUAUGGCGCUCAGCCUCAUCGACUACCUUGCCUCAAGUCUACCGCCCAGCCAGGUCGUCGUCCCGUUGUUGAGAGCUAUUGGGCCCUAUGUCACUUCGCAAGACCCUGGUGAGCGUCGUGCUGGGCUUAUUGCCCUGGGUCAGUGCGUGGAAGGUGCACCGGAUUUCAUGAGCAGCCAGUUGAAAGAAAUCAUGCCCAUGGUUUUGAGUCUUCUUGAGGACUCGAACGCCCAAGUCCGCGAAGCUGCUCUGAGCUGCAUUGCUCGACUUGCGGACGACUUGGCGGAGGAACUCGGAAAGUACCAUGAGCAGCUGAUUCCCACCAUGAUCCGUGGCUUUGAUGCCGCAUACCAAGGGAUUGGGAGCGGUAACGACGAGGAGGCCGCGCUCAGAAUCAUUCGCAGCACCUGCGACGCGAUCGACUCUCUGAUUGAAGGGUUGGAGAAAGAGGACGCCGCCAAGUACGCACCCGAGCUGGUUCAACGAUUCAGCCGAUUGCUGGAACACGAUGAUUACCGGACACGGUCAGCCGCUAUUGGUGCGGUUGGGUCCAUUGCCUCCGCCGCCGAAGAAGGGUUCAUCCCAUACUUCAAACAGACCAUGCAGGCGCUUGGCAAAUACGUGGAGCAGAAAGAGUCGCAAGAGGAGCUCGACCUCCGGUGCGUCGUUGUCGAUUCAAUGGGAAAGAUCGCGAUCGCGGUUGGCCCGGAAGAGUUCAAGCCGUUCGUGGUGCCUCUCAUGCAGUCAUCCGAGGAAGCAUUGCAUCUCGACCAUCCCCAUGUUCGCGAGACGAGCUACAUCCUCUGGAGUACGAUGGCCAAAUUGUAUGAAGAGGACUUUGCUCCGUAUCUCGAUGGCGUGGCGAAAGGGCUUCUAGACAGUCUCAAUCAAGAAGAAGGCAACGACGACGUCGAGUUUGAUGAAGACGCUGAAGAUUUCGCCUCCACUCAGGUGACGAUCGGUGGAAAGAAGUUCACCGUCGCUACCGCCAAGGAUGAAGACGGCGAGGAGGAGAUCAUCGAUCUGGAUCCGUCCGGUGAAGACUGGGAAGAUGAGGAUUUUGAAGCCAUCACCGCCAUCGGCAUGGAGAAGGAAAUCGCGAUCGAAUGUAUCGGUGACGUGCUGAGCUACACCAAAGCACGAUACCUCCCACACUUCGAAAAGACGAUCGAGUCCGUCCUCAAACUUGCCGAACAUAGCUACGAAGGCAUCCGGAAGGCGGCGAUUGUCACGCUGUGGCGAGCAUAUGCUGUUGUUGCAGGCCUCGCCGAGCAGAAUGGCGCUGAGAAAUGGAAGCCUGGCUUCCCCCUGAAAGUCCAGCCAUCGGACGACAUUAUGAAGCUGGGAGACAUGAUCAUGACGGCUACGUUGCCCAAUUGGGAGGAGGAAGAUGAUCGACCAACAGUCACCGACCUCAACCGCAUCCUGGCCGCCACUUUGAAACAAUGCGGACCCGCACCACUUGUGAAGAAAGACGGCACCGGCAAUGUCGUCCACCAGCUUGUUGAAGGCAUCGUCGCCAUUCUCUCCAAGCAACAUCGCUGCCAGCUCGAUCUUGGUGAUGAGAACGCCGACGAGGAGGACAUUCCCCAGGAGUCAUCCGAGUACGAUUGGCUCAUCAUCGAAACCGCUCUCGAUUUGAUGGUCGCUCUCGCUGCCGUGAUCGGUCCGGAUUUCGUCGAGCUGUGGAAACGCCUGGAGAAGUACGUUUUGCGAUGGGCCAGCGGCCAAGAAGGAUACGAGCGCUCCGCAACGAUCGGCUCGAUUGCCGAGUGCAUCGCUCACAUGGGUGAGGGCGUGACGCCGUACACCAGCUCGUUCAUGAAGAUCUUGUUGCAUCGCGUCGGCGACGAGGACCCGGAGGUCAAGUCGAACGCCGUGUACGGAGUGGGGAUGUUGUACGAGAAGUCGGGCGACGAGGCCGAGUUGUUGAAGAACCUAGGCUCCAUCACGUCGAAGCUCGAGCCACUUCUGGAUUCCGAGCAGCCGGCUCGGAUCGCCGAUAACUCGGCGGGAUGUCUGAGCAGGAUCAUCUGCCGCUUCCCGAACCGGUUGCCGCUCAAGGAUGUGCUUCCGGUCCUCGUGGACCUGCUGCCGCUACGAGAAGACUAUGAGGAGAAUACACCGGUCUACAAGACCAUUGUCGGACUUUACAAGACACAAAACGAGGCAAUGCUCGCCCUCACCGAGCAGAUGAAGCCGGCGUUGGAGAAGGUGCUGAGCCCACCAGAGGAGCAGCUCAACGAUGAGACGCGCGGUCAGCUGAAUGAGCUGGUCCAAUUCCUGCAAAAGCAGUAAAUGAUGGUGAACGGCCUUUAGGUUAGACUACGAAGUGCGAUGACGAUCACGCAACGAUGGUAAUAGAGGCGGUUUGGAAGCCAGCGUGGAGCGCCAAAGGGGCCAUGGACGGAUGAUUCCAAAUGAUAUCCAGAUUUUUUUUGUACUCCAGACGCCGUAGCUUUUCCAAGCCCAUGCAAUGCCUUGUAUUAGAUUCCAUGUUGUUCCCACAUAGAUGAUGACACACGACCCGUUCC